GUUAAAAUGGCGCCGUAGGCGGCGGCAGGAACGGGAGGUGUCGCCGGGUCCCUGCGCUGCCGAGCGGGCGGCGCGUCCUCGCCUCUCUCCCUACUUCCCUCCGCCGUUCCGCCGUGCCUCCGGCCCUGCCGCCCGCUCCCUCUGCCCCGCACCUCCUCCUGCCUCCCGCGCGGCGAUGGCGACUCCGGACCAAAAAUCCCCCAACGUUCUGCUGCAGAACCUCUGCUGCCGCAUCCUGGGCAAGAGCGAAGCUGAUGCAGCCCAGCAGUUUCAGUAUGCAGUGAGAGUUAUUGGAAGCAAUUUUGCUCCCACCGUUGAGCGUGAUGAAUUUCUUGUAGCGGAGAAAAUCAAGAAAGAACUUGUGCGACAAAGAAGGGAAGCAGAUGCUGCUUUGUUUUCAGAACUCUACAGAAAACUUGGUUCACAGGGCGUUUUGAAAAACAAGUGGUCAAUACUCUACCUCCUGCUUAGCCUUAGUGAAGAUCCACGUAAACAGUCUAACAAGGUGUCAAGUUAUGCCACGCUUUUUGCUCAAGCAUUACCACGGGAUGCUCACUCAACCCCUUAUUACUAUGCCAGGCCUCAGACCCUUCCACUGAAUUACCAAGACCGCAGUGCUCAGUCUGGACAGAGUUCCUGCAGCAUGGGGAGCAGUGGGAUCAGCAGCAUCAGCCUGUAUGCCCUAAAUGGGCCGACACCAACUCCACAAUCACUCGUUCCAGGACAAUCCUAUCAAGCUCCAGGUGUUGGAGAAUGCCUCCGUCAGCAGUUGGGAUCACGUCUCGCAUGGACUUUAACUGCAAGCCAACCUUCUUUACAAAGCACUACCUCAAAAGGCUUUUCAAAUGCUGUGUCUCGUGGUGUGCCAAGGUCUAGGCGAGAAGGGGAUACAAGUGGCUCUGUUGAAAUAACUGAAGCAAAUCUUGUAAGAGACGUUUUAUAUGUCUUCCAGGGAAUAGAUGGCAAAAACAUCAAAAUGUGCAAUUCUGAAAAUUGCUAUAAAGUAGAGGGAAAGGUGAGCUUGUCCAAAUCUCUGAGAGAUACUACAAGUAGACUUGCAGAGCUGGGAUGGCUACAUAAUAAAAUAAGAAAAUAUACAGACCAGAGGAGUUUGGAUCGUGCAUUUGGACUUGUGGGACAGAGUUUUUGUGCAGCCUUACAUCAGGAACUUAAAGAAUACUACCGGCUUCUCUCUGUUUUACAUUCUCAGUUGCAACUGGAAGAUGAUCAGGGUGUGAAUUUGGGACUUGAAAGCAGUUUAACACUUCGCCGCCUUCUAGUCUGGACUUAUGAUCCUAAAAUAAGGUUAAAGACCCUUGCAGCACUCGUUGAUCACUGUCAAGGGAGAAAAGGUGGUGAACUAGCCUCAGCAGUUCAUGCCUAUACUAAAACAGGAGAUCCCUACAUGAGGUCUCUGGUUCAGCACAUUCUUGGCCUCGUAUCCCAUCCUGUACUGAAUUUCCUUUAUCGCUGGAUAUAUGACGGAGAGCUGGAGGACACAUACCACGAGUUUUUUGUAGCUUCAGAUCCUACUGUUAAAACAGAUCGGUUGUGGCAUGACAAAUACACUCUGAGGAAAUCAAUGAUCCCUUCUUUUAUUACAAUGGAGCAAUCAAAAAAGGUCCUCCUAAUAGGAAAAUCCAUAAACUUCUUACAUCAAGUUUGUCACGAUCAAACUCCAUCCACAAAGGUGAUUGCUGUGGCAAAAUCUGCAGAGUCUUCAAAAGAUGCUGCUGAUUUGUUCACAGAUCUGGAAAAUGCCUUCCAAGAGAAAAUUGAUGCAGCUUAUUUUGAGACGAGCAAAUACCUGCUGGAUGUUCUCAAUAAGAAGUACAAUUUACUGGAACAUAUGCAGGCCAUGAGGCGCUACUUACUACUUGGGCAAGGAGACUUCAUCAGGCAUUUAAUGGACUUGCUCAAGCCAGAGCUUGCACGACCAGCUACAACCUUAUAUCAGCAUAAUCUAACUGGAAUCCUUGAAACAGCAGUGAGGGCAACGAAUGCCCAGUUUGAUAAUCCCGAGAUUCUCAAGCGAUUGGAUGUUCGACUUCUGGAGGUAUCUCCUGGAGACACUGGAUGGGAUGUCUUCAGCUUGGACUAUCAUGUUGAUGGGCCAAUAGCAACGGUGUUUACACGUGAGUGCAUGAGCCACUAUCUAAGAGUAUUUAAUUUCCUUUGGAGAGCGAAGAGAAUGGAGUAUAUCCUUACUGAUAUAUGGAAGGGGCACAUGUGCAAUGCAAAGCUGCUGAAAAGUAUGCCAGAGCUUUCUGGGGUGCUGCAUCAGUGUCACGUUCUGGCAUCAGAAAUGGUCCAUUUCAUUCAUCAAAUGCAGUAUUACAUUACAUUUGAGGUGCUUGAAUGUUCAUGGGAUGAACUCUGGAACAAGGUCCAACAAGCACAGGACUUGGAUCAUAUCAUUGCAGCUCAUGAAGUUUUUCUGGACACAAUCAUAGCUCGGUGCUUGCUGGAUAGUGAUUCAAGGGUACUUCUCAACCAACUUCGAGCAGUUUUUGAUCAGAUCAUUGAGCUCCAGAAUGCCCAAGAUGCAAUGUACAGAGCUGCUCUGGAGGAGUUGCAGCUGAGGUUGCAAUUUGAAGAGAGGAAAAAACAGCGUGAACUUGAGGGCAAGUGGGGUGUAACUGCAUCAGAAGAGGAAGAAGAGAGCAAGAGGAUGAAAGAAUUUCAAGACUCAAUACCUAAAAUGUGCUCACAGCUGCGAAUACUCACUCACUUUUACCAGGGAAUCGUCCAGCAGUUCUUGGUCCUGCUGACAACCAGUUCUGAUGAAAGCCUUCGGUUCCUCAGCUUUAGACUGGACUUCAAUGAACACUAUAAAGCAAGAGAGCCCAGGCUGCGGGUGUCGUUGGGCACUAGAGGCAGGCGAAGCUCACACAUGUGAACCAGCUGCUAAGGACUGCACCUCAGUAUCCGAAGGAUGUUGAACCUCUUGUUGGACACAGCAAUCAGUGUUGACAUAAUGCAA